AUUUUUCCUCCUAACAAACGUUCGAGUGGGGAGAGGAUCGCUGCAUAUAAACUACUUCCGGAAUAAUUCAUGAUCACUGUAUUCUUCAGCCAUGCGGCAUCAAGUAGCAACAAUCCUGGUGGCGUUCCUGGCAUUCAGCGUCAUAUUUGACGUGGUGGUGUCAUGUAGUUCCGCCGGAGGUGGAGGCGGUGGAGGUGCCGGUGGAUCCUGCAAAUGCGCUGACGGCUCCACGUGCACCGUACGAGGAGGGGGUGGCGGUGGCGGAGGCAGUGCGAGUUGGUGGGGUGGAUCAUCCCACGGUCAGGACGGAGAAGACGGUCGCCCAGAUGGUUCAGGUGGUGCCGGAGGUGCAGGAGGUGGUUCGGGUGGCGGUCGAGGUGGUUCAGGAGGAGGUAGCCGUAGUAGGCUUUAAUCAAGUACAAAUGCAGACGUGGAGGUUCGGCGGAACUAGAAAGAGAAAAAUCAGUGAGGAUUAUUUCGAAACGGCCCGAAGCAGUCGAUUGCAUUCAUCUUGACGGAUCCGAUAUACGACUUAUGAUAAUAAAAAAAAAACAACGAACAAACAAGAUCACGUGUACUACAUUUCUGAUGAGAAAAAGUAUUGCAAACUUUAUUUUUUCAUAACAAAUAUUCGAGUAAUGUGUCAAUAAAAUAUCUGCUAAUAUUAAA